CUCUCCUGUUAAAUAUUUGAUUUUGUUUGUUUUUUUUUUUCUCUUGCUCAUGGGGAGCAAAAAGGAAAUGGGUCAGGGAUACUAAUGAGUUUGGGGUUUUUAAUACAGAUGUACAAGUUUUAUAUAAAAUGUGCGUAUUUUCACAUGGAUCUCAGUUGUGUUAUUCAGGAAAAUAAUGAGGAGUGUUCUGUUCCUCGGGCAGGUGUCCCAGGCCGCUGACAUGAGAGGAUCCCCCUUGCUCCUCUGCCUCCUCUCCACGUCCUGCUGGGUGAAUUUGAUGCCUGCAGCCGGCGACAAAAUCUUCCACUUUGGACCCUGCAGGGUCUCCAUGAGCAUGACGGAGAUCAGGGCUGGUUUCACAGCGAUCAAAGCCAAUAUUCAAUCCAGAGACCCCAUCCGGAGCCUGAGCAUCCUGUCCCACCCUCACUCCCUCCACAAAGUUAAGUCUUCAGACAGAUGCUGCAUCACCCAUCAGCUGCUCACCUUCUACGUGGACAAAGUUUUCAAGCACUGCAGGACCGAGGACUCGUUUGUGAACAGGAAAAUCAGCAGCAUUGCCAACUCCUUCCUCAGCGCCACGAGGGAGCUGGGGCAGUGUCGUGAGCAGAACAACUGCGUGUGUGGGGAGGAAUCCACGGAGAAAUUCAAGCAAAUACUUGCAAACUAUGAAGGGCUGGACGUCACCUCUGCAGCCAUGAAAUCCCUGGGGGAGCUGGACAUCCUCCUGGACUGGAUGGAGAAAUCUCGUUAGUGAGCGGCGUUAAUUACCCACGGCCGGCCGGGGCUGAGGAGCUGCAGGGGCUUUGCAGAGGUGAGAGGGACAAUAAAUCCCUGCAUCAGUGCAGGUCCUCAGCAAACGUUCAGGCAAACACGGAGUGCUCUGCCAGCCAGGGACCUCAGCAGAGCCCUCAUUAAGACAGAAAUAACGAGUUUGAUUAAAUCAGCAUCGCCCUCCUGCUACCCAAGGAUGCUCCCAGGAAAAACCCACAGGGGUUUCUCUUGCUGGCAGACCUAAACUGUGAUCAUGUCAUAAAAUUAUUGUUUAAAUUACAGUUUUUUUGGCUGGGGAAUGUGGGGAAUGAGUGCUGGGAGGACUCGGGUGUUGCUGGUGUUGCAUAAACCCGGAUUUGGUCUCAGGGCUGCUGCCACUGAUGGAUCUGGCUGAAAUGAGAAGUACAGUGUGAGAAAUGCUUCCAAGAACAGGUCCUAGCAGGUGUCUCAGGCCUUAGAAAUCCGUGUUUCCUUUUGAGAUGAUAUUUUCUGCCCUAUCAGUAAAAAAGGUUUUUUGUGCAAGAUAUGUGGUUGCUGAAUAGAAAAAUGUUCUUGAGUGUAUUGUGCAAUUUACUGACACUCAGUAGUGAGUUUUGUGGAAAUUGGUUGUGAUGACUGUAAAUAAACCCCACUUGAAACUGUGCUGAGUCUGUGUGUCAGAAUUCUGAGGAAUUAUAUGAUUCUUGCUGCUGAAACUCUCUGAAUUCUCUGUGGUGUCCUUUUACAGCAGACGCUGUCACUCUGGCAUGCCAGGGCUGAUGCAUCCUCCCAGGCACGCCAGAAACACCAAACUCAGACCUCAGUGCUGCUGAAUCCCCCCGGUUUGCCCCCAAAACUGUAAAUUAUUUAUAGCUCUGCUCUGUUCUCUCCCACUUUGGGUGCUGCGUGCCCUAAAUCCCAGCUGGGGACAGCGCCAGCGUUUCCCUGCAGCACACGAGGGGCUCUGGGGGCAUCUGUGAUUCACUUCCAAAGGAAAGAUCUCUGCCUGCUCACUGCCCUCCCUCGGGUGUUUCCUAAUUCCAGAGGAAACCUUUGCAGGGCUGUGAUUCUGUUAAUUCACUUUCUCAGGGUUUAGUUUGUCCGGCUGUCAGGGCACAAACAGGUGAGCACAGCUCCCCAAAAACAGGGGAACACAUCUCCCCAAAAACAGGUGAACUCAUCUCCCCAAAACAGAGGAACACAUCUCCCCAAAAACAGAGGAACACAUCUCCCCAAAAACAGGGGAACACAUCUC